GCUGCAGCCUGGUGAGAGCUCCCAGCAGGGGCCCGGGUCUGAAUAGGACCUCCCAAGUGGUGGCCACAUGAAGGAUACCUUGGUGCCACCCAACGAACCUCUCCAGUCUAAGAGGGCCUCUGGAGCAGAAACCGUCUGGGGGUGAGCAGUUGUGCUGGUGAUUAUUCUGGUCAAAUUCUGGGCAGGAAGCCCUGGGGCUGAGCCUCCUUCAUAGUGGGAACUCCCGGGGUGGAAGCAAACAUCUAUUAUUCAACCCGGGCUGUAGAGGAAGGCUGGGGGCUUACGGGGAACUGGGGCCUUCUGGGAGGCCAGGGCAGUGUCCCCAAGCGUGCGAGAGGGGCCUGUGACCCAGAUGCCGCCUCCCCCUCGCCCCUGGCCGCGCCGCGUGGGAGGAGGCGGCAGCUGCGGGCCGGGCGGAGGGCGGGCGGCGGCGCGCCGGCCCGUGGGAAGCGGCGGCAUCUGCUCUUUCCACGCUCCUUCCCAGCGGCUCGCUCUGAAACCCAACCCGCCCGGCCCGGCCCAGCCACCACCGACCCGCGCCCUCGGCCGGCCCGCCCCCGGGAUCGGGUUGCAGGACCCGAGCAGGAGCGGAGCGGUUCCCCCCGUCCCCCCCCGACGGCCAAGGCCAAGCGAGGGGCAGAGCCAGAUGGCUAGGCCUCUGUCCACCCCCAGUCCUUCACAGAUGCAAGCCAGGAAGAAACGCAGAGGGAUUAUAGAAAAACGGCGCCGAGACCGCAUCAACAGCAGCCUUUCCGAAUUGCGGCGCUUGGUCCCCACUGCCUUUGAGAAACAGGGCUCAUCCAAGCUGGAGAAAGCUGAGGUCUUGCAGAUGACAGUGGAUCACUUGAAAAUGCUCCAUGCCACUGGUGGGACAGGAUUCUUCGAUACCCGAGCUCUGGCCAUUGACUUCCGGAGCAUCGGUUUUCGGGAGUGCCUCACUGAGGUCAUCAGGUACCUGGGCGUCCUGGAAGGCCCCAGCAGCUGUGCAGACCCUGUUCGGAUUCGCCUCCUCUCCCACCUCAACAGUUACGCGGCUGAGAUGGAGCCUUCACCCACGCCUGCCAGCCCCUUGGCCUUCCCUAUGUGGCCCUGGUCCUUCUUCCAUAGCUGUCCAGGGCUGCCGUCCCUGAACAACCAGCUCGCCAUCCUAGGAAGACCUGGCCCUGUCCUCCCCAGCACCUCCUCUCCCAUUUACCCUAUCCCUGCCCUCCGAACCACACCUGUGCACAGAGCCACUGGCACCAUCCUGCCGGCCCGGAGGAAUUUGUUGCCCGGUCGAGGGAUAUCUUCCACCCAGCGGCCCGGCCCCCCAGAAAGGCCAGCUGCCCCUCUACCUGUGGCCCCUAGCAGCAGAGCUGCCAGGAGCAGCCACCUCCUUUCCCUGCGGUCCUCCUCCCCCACGCUCCCUGGGGCUGGGGGAUCCACUGCUUGUGUAGCUGUCCCUGUCUCCAGUCCCUCUCCCUCAGGGACAGCUGGGAGACCUGCAGGAGCUGUGCUGUACCAUUCCUGGGUCUCUGAAAUCACUGAAGUUGGGGCUUUCUGAGCCUCCCCCCCAUUUUGCCUCCACCCUCAGGAGAGUAAGGAAGAUUCUUUUUCUGAGAGCUUUAAAACUGGCGCUGCCUUUUCUGCUUGGCUUCUGGGAAGGGCUCCUAUGUAAAGACACCUUCUUCAUCCAUCAGAGGCCCCUCCUCCUCCUCACAGCUGACCCAGACCAUCCACCUGGCUUCCCUGGCACUCUUUUGAUCUCAGAGGCAUGGUCCCAUUUUUCACCUGUGCAGAUGAGUCAUGGUGCGUCAUGAGCCCCUAAGAGCUGUGCUCAGACCCCUCUCCUGACCAGUAUGCAUGAACCUUGGGUCUAGGGUUGAAACUUUAAAGGAUACCAUGAGGCUGCACAUGUUGGCUCACACUUGUAAUCCCAGCUACUCAAGAGGCAGAAAUAGGGAGGAUCUCUGUUUGAGGCCAGCCUAGGUUUAAAAAAAAAAAAAA